UGUAAGUGUCAGUUCUUUUUGUGUAGAAUGACUCUUGACACUAUCUUGUUCUAUAGCUCUAAUUGCAACAUGAAAGGAGGCCUGAUGUGCUCCCUACCUGUAACCCAUCUCUUCUCUUCUUUCUCCUUCAUAUAUCAGAGGCCUCCAGAUAUACAACAGUAAUGUAACGGUCAGUUGCCGAAACCACAAACAGUUUGAGGUACUCUUCGUUCUAACCAUCACAAUACCAUGGUGUAACAGAUGUCACGGUUGGUUUACAACUCAGCCUGCGUCACUGCAGCAUUAUCCGAAAAUAGCUCGGAAACGCAGCGACUUCCCAGACUCAAAUUUGGAUCAACUCAGCAUUGUAUAUUCCUUAAUUUAAAAGAAUGUUCCAAGAAGAGCUUCUGCCGUCUUCUUGUAACGGGAGCUGCUAUAGCGCUCACUGUGCAUCCAUCGAAGCCACCAGAGCCUUGAAAGAACAACCAAUCAUAUCGUCAUUCAAUGCCAACACUGAGGUAAUAUGGGUUUUAUGACACAAAGGGAUGCGCUUCUUGAUUUUGCCCUUCCUUUCUCUUCCUUCCAUGUCCGCAGCCAACCACGAUCUUCCGUAUCACUUCUCAUUGGCGGACUUGCUCCGUUACCACGAGACUAUGUCUCCGAUCCUUGCUCCACUUAACGGAGCUACCCCCCCGGCCGGGACGGAUAAACUGCCUCCUGUGUGUUUCUAGGGGUCAAGAGCAUCCCCCUCCGUUGCACAUUUGACGUCUUCAUGACAGAAACAAUACACCUUUUGCCCCCUUUUACAUCAGUUUUUCAGGGUCUCACGCAGGGACUGGCACCAAACAGACAAGGCAUUGCCGCUUGACCAUUCCCAUCUUCGGCUCUAGACCAUCGGUUGGACCCUUUCUUUGAUGUAUUAUUAAAAACAAAGAGACCAAAUUUCCCCUUCUCCUACGCCUAAGCUCCUAGUCCCCUAGUCAAAAGGCAGAGGUGGCGUCUUUUUCCGUGGCGAAAAACCACAACAAACGGCCACUCUCCUCUCACAGGCAGAAACAGGUGCUGCUAACAGAUUUUCGCUCAAACGUCUGGUCUCGUCUCGUCCCAGGUCACGCCUAUUCUAUCUGCCCAUAAUAAUGUGCCCUAGCUCAUCUUGUGCUAUGUCUUUAACUUGUGAAUCUCUGAACUUUCAUCAAAUCUCGAUCGAUUCCUUCUUUUCCAGUUUUCGUCUUCAAUCCAUUAUUGUUGUCAUUUUGGGCACUUGAUUGAUGUCGCGCAGGUUGGACUUCGAUAUACCUCAACAACCGCUACCGCUGCUGGAUACCUCCGGACAGCCGGCAUCGGCCCUUCAUGCACCACUCCACCAACGGCAUUCAUCGUUUGUCACCACGAAAAGUUACUGAUCCUGAUCUCGUUGCUAUCCGUGACAAGCUUGUUGACGCUCUCGCCAUCAAGGCGUCCGCUCUUGUGACGCCACCAGCCACCAACUUGUCUCCUCCACCUUCGCACGCUGGUCCGCCCGGCACGGCCCAGCGACCUUCCUCUCGAUCUCGACAUCGCCGACCAAAACGUCCUUCUUCAUCACCUCGUCUAGUCGUCGGUCCUGACGCAAUUCAUCGUCUACCAUCUGAGCUGGCUCGGUUGCACUUGUCUUCACCGCUCAUUGUGUCGAGCCCUUCAAGAUCAAAUAUCGCUCGCAAAAUUCAAGCCAUUAUUCCUAAUCUCGACAGUCAAAUUCUCUGUUCAUCUAAUACCACCGUGCCAGGUCGGGCAUCUGGACGAGAUUGCGUUGUCAGCGUCGGGGGAGGUUCUGCUGUUACUUUGGCCCGAGCUGUUGGCUUACGGAAAGGAAUCCCUCACAUUUGCAUCCCUACGACAUAUAGUGGAAGUGAACUACACCCAGGCGGAGGACCUAGCGACUCAUCUUCCGAAGAAAAAGGCAGCGGUCACGACACCAGGAUACUUCCCACCGUUAUAAUUUACGACGACAACCUCACCAUGAGCUCUCCAACUCGAUUUUCAGCGCCCAGCGAUGAGAAAGUCAUGGAGGACUUUGCUCGAGCCGACACGCUGCCCAAAUCAGAAGAUGCCUGCUGGGGCUAUCUUCACAUUCCAGGCGUUUAACACCUUCUGGUUUUGUCCACCCGGACAUCUUUUUUAUAAUCUCAUUUAAAAUCACCUGUCUUGUACCUGCGAGGGACCCUUCAGCCUCCUAUUCUGAUACCAGGAUCCCCACCUUCACACCGAUUUCUCGGAUAUGGGAUCAUAAUGAUUUUUGCGAUAUUCGCACAACGCACACCACCCACCCCGCGUCACCCUUCACGCGAUUGAGGAAUCAUGGAGAAAGGAGCAUGACCCCCGGUCUGCGGAGUUUUCUAGUACUCUGCAUUGCAUCACCGGGAUAUCGCGCGCUUCUCUGCAAGACAUAGACCACCCGCUUGGUCUUCCAUAAUUCUCUGAUAGAGUAUUUCUGGGGACGAUGCCGCUUCAAGUCCUUUCUCUAGUCACCGGUUCAGAUGCAAUCCUUGGCGCCAUGUGUAAUGGCAAGGUAUCUGCUUCUGCCCCCUUUCCGGGAUAGAAUAAGUGCACUUGUACUUUCCGAAGCUACUGGGCUUCGAGAAGACUCAUCAAAAGAGACUACUGGGUCUCGAGUCAAAACAUGAGGCUACUGGGCCUCAAAGAAUUAUCACCGUAGGUCGUGUAGCAUCGACCGAGGGAUACUUCUCUCCCCGACUAAACACGAAUGGGUUUUUGGUUAUUUCACUAUGUAUGUGAUCGUGCUUCGUUUCGGAAGACUACCAACUGCACAUGAGUCGUUGGAUGUCCACCUCUUAGGGCGGGCUUCUUCACAAAUUAGAUAGAUAGCCAGAUAUUGAAAAAUUGAAAGGUUGUCAACAUUAAUCUUUAUUUCUUAUGCUUGUAAUGAAUUGUAUCUUCGCCCAUAAUUUGAG